AUGCUCGGCCUCCAGCUCCCACUUGCCCUCGCGGCGGCGGCAGCCGCCUACUUGGCUUCGGUCCGCGUACUCAGAUACCGCCGUGUCAACACAAUCACAAAGAAGCUGGGCUAUGAGGGCCUCACGUCCGCCCAGAUCUAUGAGAAGAUCACACUGACGGAUGCCCAAACCGUACAAACCGAGCUUUUGCUCCGAGAGUUCCCCAAGAUCAUGUAUGUUUCACUUCAAUUUGCGCUCUUCAAGACAUAUGCCUUCCCAUUCAUGAGCGCCAUUCUCGUCAAGUCCGGGCAGCUCGGCACGGCCAAGCCCGCCCCCAAACGCUACGUCGACACGGUCGUCCUCGUCGCCGAGUGGAUGCGCUGGCCGCUCGACUCGGAGCGCGCCUCGCUCGCAAUCGCCCGCACAAACUAUCUGCACUCGCAAUACGCGCAGUACAUCAAGCCCGAUGACUUCCUCUACACGCUCAUCCUCUUCGCCACGGAGCCCCUAAUAUUCAUCUCCAAGUACGAAUGGCGGCAGCCCACGGAGCUCGAGAAGGCCUCAUUUUGGCGUUUCUGGUAUGAGGUUGGUGUUAGGAUGAAUAUACCGCCCGAGACGAUCCCGAAGACGUGGGAUGCGAUGGCAGAGUUCGCGAGGGAAUUCGAUGAGAAGAUGGAGCCGGCGGAGAGCAAUCACCAGGUUGGCAAGAUCACGUUGGGGAUGCUGCUGUGGUGGUGCCCGGAAUUUGCGAAGGGAUUUGUGACGAUGUGUGUUUGCAGCGUGAUGGGGGAGCCACUGAGGAAAGCUAUGAUGUUUCCCGAAGUUCAUCCAGUAGUGCCACCUAUCGUCAACUCCGUCAUUGCUCUCCGCAGGUUCUACCUAAGGCAUCUUAGUCUCCCGCGCAUGAGGCGGGUGGAGAAGCUUAGCCCGACUGUGAAUCCGGAGACUGGGUGCUAUAACAUUGCCGUCUAUGACGUGGAUCCAUGGUAUGUUUCCGCCGCCCACAGCAAUAGCUUCUGGUCCUGGUAUGCGUGGGCAACAGGGAGGCCAUAUAUUCAGAAGGGGAAGCAUGAUGAGGGCGGAUACCGUAUUGAGGAGGUGGGCCCGAAAGUAUUCGAGGGCAAGGGUGUGGAUAAGGUGAAGAAAGAUGCGGAGAGGAUCAGGGAGAUGGGCGUGGGUGCCGGCGGGGGUGGGGUUUGUCCCUUCAAGAUCUGA